AUGCAGGAACAAUUUGAACCCCUUCGAAAUGACCUGCUGCUUCGCGCCGCACGAGGCGAGAAGGUGGAGCGCCCACCGAUCUGGGUGAUGCGCCAGGGUAAGCUCAACCCCGCCCUCCCGACUGCCUUUCGUGCACGAGAGCCUCACUGGCUUGUCUCUGGUCGUUAUCUUCCCGAGUAUCAUGAAGCCAAGGGCAAGCGGGACUUCUUUGAGUGCUGUCGCUCCCCCGAGAUCGCCUCAACCCUCACUAUCCAGCCGAUCGAUCGCUAUGAAGGUCUCAUUGACGCGGCGAUUAUCUUUUCAGACAUCCUGGUCAUUCCCCAGGCUAUGGGAAUGGUCGUGGAAAUGGUUGACAAGAAGGGCCCGCACUUCCCCGAGCCUCUAAAGUCCCCCACAGACGGUCAAUAUGAGAAAGUGAUGGCAAAGGAUGUGAACGUGAAAGACGAGCUAGACUACGUGUAUAAAGCGAUCUCUUUGACUCGCCUCAAGCUGAAGGGCCGUGUCCCUCUGAUUGGAUUCUGCGGCGCUCCUUGGACACUGCUUUGCUACAUGGUCGAGGGUGGGGGCAGUAAGAUGUUCAUACAGUCCAAGACCUGGGUUUACAAGUACGCCAAGGAGUCACAAGCCCUGCUGCAGAAGAUCGCUGAGAUCUGUGUUGAAUACCUGGCUCUACAAGUCGCGGCUGGUGCUCAGUUGGUGCAGGUCUUCGACUCAUGGGCCGGCGAGCUCUCGCCUGCGUCCUUUGCCUCCUUCUCGCUCCCUUACCUGCGUCACAUCUCUGCCAAUCUUCCUCGUCGCCUGAAGGAGAUGGGCCUGGAGCCUGUUCCCAUGACUGUCUUUGCCAAGGGCGCAUGGUACGCUCUGGAGGACUUGUGCGAGUCUGGAUACAACGUCGUCGGUCUGGAUUGGCUUCACGAUCCCGCUGAGGCCUUCCGCAUCGCCAAUGGUCGGGUUGCCAUCCAAGGUAACGCUGACCCGGGAAUGCUCUACGGUAGCCGCUCAGCCAUCACUGAGACUGUGGAGCGAAUGGUGGAGGGCUUCCAGAAGGGCAAGCAAGGCUGGAUCUGCAACCUCGGACACGGUAUCACCCCAUUCGUGAACCCCGACGACCUCAAAUUCUUCUUCGAGGAAGUGCACCGCCUGACCAAAUAG